ACCCAGAGGACCCCCCCAGGCUCUGCAGCAUGAUCUCCAUCACUGAGUGGCAGAAGAUUGGUGUGGGCAUCACCGGAUUUGGUAUCUUCUUCAUCCUCUUCGGUAUUCUCCUGUACUUUGACUCGGUGCUCCUGGCUUUUGGAAAUCUGCUGUUCCUGACCGGCCUCUCCCUCAUCAUUGGCCUGAGGAGGACGUUUUCCUUCUUCUUCCAGCGGCACAAGCUCAAGGGCACCAGCUUCUUCUUGGGGGGCGUGGUCAUUGCGCUCCUGCACUGGCCUCUCCUGGGCAUGGUCCUGGAAGCCUACGGAUUCUUCAGCCUCUUUAAGAGCUUUUUCCCUUUGGCUUUUGGUUUCCUGGGCAACGCCUCCAACAUCCCCUUCCUGAGUGCACUGUUCCGGAGUCUUCAAGGUACCAGCUCAAUGGUCUGA